AUGCAAGGGUGGUUCGCAGGACCGAGCAGCAAGGGGCAGGACAAAGAUGAGGUUUCCGUAUUGGCAGAUUGGAACUCCUACGCGGCCAGGAAGGAGGCCGAUGAGGGCAGCUUGAGCAGCGUAGCCUCGGCCGCAGCGAUGGAUCUAGAGGCCGGCCUCUCUUCUGCUGGCAGCACGCUCGUUGGUGCUUUUAGCUCAGUUACAAAGGGAAUGCGUGAUCUACCUUCAAGUGUUUCAUCCGCGGCAACGUAUGUGCCAUCGAGGCAAUCCAUCAUGUCUUUCUCCGUCAUGAUCGGAUCUGGGGUGUUUUUCAUCAUGUUGGCCUUCACAGUAUUCCUCCCGAUGAUUAUUGUGGCGCCUCAAAAAUUCGCUAUUUGUUUCACACUGGGAUGCAUUUUCAUCAUGGGCGCUUUUUUCGCGCUUAAGGGUCCGAAGUCCCAAGCCCUUCAUAUGAUCUCCAAAGAGAGGCUGCCUUUUACCCUGGGGUUUCUUGGAAGUAUGUGUGCAACUCUGUACGCUUCGAUGGUUCUCCACAGCUACAUCUUUUCGGUGUUUUUCUCCGGCAUCCAGGUUCUGGCUUUGUUGUACUACGUCAUCUCAUACUUCCCUGGAGGGUCAGCAGGCCUGCAAUUCAUAACUUCUUUCUUCACAUCUGCAGUCAUGAAAUGUUGCAGCAGAUAAAAGUAGGAAGAUCAUUGCUUCUGUGCUUGUCACAUCCUGCACCGUUGGCAUGCCAUGGUAGGAAACGUACCUCGGUUUGUUCAGAUCCAUCUACUUGGACACACGGGAGUUUUGUGGGUCAUGACUGUCUCCUUUUACUGCCAGUCUCAUAGCCCUACAAAAGCUGGAACUUGUGCAAAUUGAUUAGAGUUGUGAGUAGUUGCUGAAGUUUUCUUGGAUUUGUAGAGCAAACUUAACUACCAUUUCCUUCAUCAGUAGUCCUCCUCCAAGAUUUUGGAAGAGACGAAUGAACUUCUUUGGGUGUCGGAAUAAUACGUCAGGGUAUUCAGAUCCAA